UUGGUUUAUUAUUUAGGGACCACGUGGGGAGGAGUUGAGGCAACUGCACUGCGUACAGAGUCCCAGGCUUCCAGGAGGGUAGUGUGUGCGUGUGAGUCCGUGAGUGCUAGCAGCUGUUUGGAAGGAUGAGUCUGGGGUGGAUGAAUCUCUUUUGCAGAAGCUGCAGGAACCAGGACAGGUGCACAGAGCCAGCAUCCUCAUCCUCAGAUGACUGGAAAGCAAUCUCCCGGGCAGGCCUGCAGCAUCUGGCUCCUGCUCCUCCCCUCGGCCUUCCUGUGGCAAAUGGUCCAGCGAAGGAGCCCAGAGCGACUCUGGACUGGAGCGAGAACGCCGUGAACGGAGAGCACCUGUGGCUGGAGACCAACGUCUCGGGGGACCUGUGCUACCUGGGCGAGGAGAACUGCCAAGUCCGAUUUGCAAAAUCGGCCCUGAGGAGGAAGUGUGCGGUCUGUAAAAUCGUCGUCCACACCGCCUGCAUCGAACAGCUAGAAAAGAUUAAUUUCAGAUGUAAACCAACAUUUCGAGAAGGGGGCUCAAGAUCACCAAGAGAAAAUUUUGUGCGUCAUCACUGGGUGCACAGGCGUCGGCAGGAGGGGAAAUGUAAGCAGUGUGGGAAGGGCUUUCAGCAGAAAUUCUCCUUCCACAGUAAAGAGAUUGUGGCUAUCAGCUGUUCCUGGUGCAAGCAGGCGUUCCACAAUAAGGUGACCUGUUUCAUGCUGCAUCACAUCGAGGAACCCUGCUCCCUCGGGGCGCACGCUGCUGUCAUCGUCCCGCCCACCUGGAUCAUUAAGGUGAAGAAACCUCAGAACUCUCUCAAGGCCUCCAAUCGGAAGAAGAAGAGAACAAGCUUUAAAAGGAAAGCCAGUAAAAAAGGAACUGAACAGGAAAACAAAGGUCGUCCUUUUGUGAUAAAACCCAUCUCUUCUCCUCUCAUGAAACCCUUGCUUGUGUUUGUGAACCCCAAGAGUGGAGGCAACCAGGGAACCAAAGUCCUGCAGAUGUUCAUGUGGUAUCUGAAUCCACGGCAAGUCUUUGAUCUUUCUCAGGAAGGGCCAAAAGAUGCGCUUGAGCUGUAUAGGAAGGUACCAAAUCUGCGAAUUCUGGCCUGUGGUGGGGAUGGAACGGUGGGCUGGAUCCUUUCAAUUCUGGACGAACUGCAGCUGACCCCACAGCCUCCUGUCGGAGUCCUUCCUCUGGGCACUGGGAACGACCUGGCUCGAACUCUCAACUGGGGUGGGGGCUACACUGAUGAGCCUGUCUCCAAGAUCCUUUGUCAAGUAGAAGAUGGGACAAUUGUCCAGCUUGACCGCUGGAACCUCCACGUGGAAAGGAACCCAGACUUGCCUCUAGAAGAACUUGAAGAUGGCGUGUGCAAGCUUCCUCUGAAUGUUUUCAAUAACUACUUCAGCCUUGGAUUCGAUGCCCACGUCACACUGGAGUUCCAUGAAUCCCGAGAAGCAAAUCCAGAGAAAUUCAACAGUCGUUUUCGAAAUAAAAUGUUCUAUGCAGGGGCAGCUUUUUCUGAUUUCCUACAGAGAAGCUCUAGAGACCUAUCCAAACAUGUUAAAGUUGUUUGUGAUGGAACGGAUCUCACCCCAAAGAUUCAGGAAUUGAAGUUCCAGUGUAUAGUAUUUUUAAAUAUACCCAGAUAUUGCGCUGGCACGAUGCCCUGGGGGAAUCCUGGGGAUCACCAUGAUUUCGAACCUCAGCGGCACGACGAUGGUUAUAUUGAAGUCAUUGGAUUCACCAUGGCCUCUUUGGCUGCCCUGCAAGUCGGGGGCCACGGGGAAAGGCUGCACCAGUGUCGUGAGGUCAUGCUGCUGACUUACAAAUCCAUCCCCAUGCAAGUGGAUGGAGAGCCCUGCAGGCUGGCGCCGGCUAUGAUCCGGAUCUCCUUGAGGAAUCAGGCCAACAUGGUGCAGAAGAGCAAGAGGAGGACGUCCAUGCCUUUACUCAAUGAUCUCCAUCAGGUGCAAGCUGCGGACCUGCGGAGAGUGUCUGCCCCCCCUGGCUCCUUCACCAUCCCCCAGUCUGUCCCAGACCGCCUGAGGAUCCGUGUGAACAAAAUCAGUUUGCAAGACUAUGAAGGGUUCCACUAUGACAAAGAGAAACUCCGGGAAGCGUCUAUCCCCCUGGGUAUUCUCGUUGUGCGUGGAGACUGUGAUUUGGAGACUUGCCGUAUGUACAUAGAUCGCCUACAGGAGGACCUGCAGUCAGUUUCUUCUGGCUUCCACAGAGUUCAUUACCAGGACCAAGAAACCUCCUUCCCCAGGGCACUCUCAGCUCAGAGACUCUCCCCACGCUGGUGCUUUCUAGAUGCAACUUCUGCUGAUCGCUUUUAUCGAAUAGACAGAUCUCAGGAACAUUUGCACUUUGUGAUGGAGAUUUCCCAAGAUGAGGUUUUUAUUCUGGACCCAGAUAUGGUGUUGUCACAGCAGGCGGGGACACCACCAGGAAUGCCUGAUCUGGUGGUGGAGCAAGCUUCAGGAAUGUCAGACUGGUGGAACCCUGCGCUACGGAAACGCAUGCUGAGUGAUAGUGGAGUGGGCAUGAUCACUCCGUAUUAUGAGGACGCGGAUCUGAAAGAUCUCAGCCACUCCCGUGGGCUCCAGUCACCGGUCUCUUCGGAAGAUCACGCAAUUUUGCAGGCUGUAAUAGCUGGUGAUCUCAUGAAGCUAAUAGAAAGCUAUAAAAAUGGAGGCAGCCUGCUAAUUCAGGGACCAGACCACUGUUCACUCCUUCACCACGCAGCUAAAACCGGCAACGGGGAGAUUGUGAAAUAUAUCCUUGACCACGGACCCUCCGAGUUAUUGGAUAUGGCAGACAGCGAAACGGGUGAGACCGCGCUGCACAAGGCUGCCUGCCAGCGGAACCGGGCCGUGUGCCAGCUCCUGGUGGACGCGGGAGCAUCUCUGAGAAAGACGGACUCCAAGGGGAAGACACCUCAAGAAAGAGCUCAGCAGGCUGGGGACCCUGAAUUGGCUGCUUACCUAGAAAGCCGGCAGAACUAUAAGAUCAUUGGCCAUGAAGACCUGGAAACUACUGUUUGACCCUGGGAGACGGGCAAAGAGAACCUGAGCGAGCGUAUCACCUGUGCCCUCCUGGCGAUCGGGCAGCUCCCCUGGAAGAAGCUGAUGGAAUCCAUAAAUCCAUCUCUCUCCUGCAAGAGUCUAUCUGAGAUUGCGCCACCAGUUUUUAAGGGCUACCGAGAUGUGCAACCAAAUAGGAUAGCCCGCAAAGGAUGAGGCAGGAUACCUGGAGAUUUGUGGAACACGAGUUCCGCAAUAUUCGAUCCUUAUCGCUUCCAGCAAGUAGCAUGAACUUCUGUGUCCACCCAUAUCAUUUAUGUUAAAGAGUCAAAGGAUGUUCGUAUAAAAGGCACUGCUCCCUUCUCCUGCUAGGCAUUCACCUUCCCCUACACCACACCAUUUUCCUGUGACCACCCAUCCUUUGAAAAGAUGCGACACAAUCUCUUCUCUUUAACUUCAGUCUUUGAAGACCACAAGGCUGUCUGAAGAUCUUUGAAAACCCUCUGGAUGCCCUGCAGAAAUUGAACUGUUAAAUCACUUCCAUUUCCAACACUAAAUAUACCAGGACAAUUAGUGACGUUUUUUGCAUGUCUCUCCUCCCUCCCCAGUCCCUUUCCAUCACCUAGGAGCUGGGAGGUGCCACACUGGUAAUGUCAACUUCUGUAUUGUACCUCUGAGGUAUGGUCAGGUGGCAUGGGAGUCGCCUGUUCUCAGAGGGACCUCAGAGAGGUAACCCAGGGGUUAGCCCUGGUUGUGGGGCUGUCGCCGGUGGCCACAAAGGUCGGAUUCAGCUUGGGCUGUUUGUACAGCUCCGUACUGCCUAUGUAGCCAUCUUUGCCUUUUGCUGUGAUACAGAGAUGAGCAAUGGGUUAAGCAAAGGCCUGAGGCUGGUUUGCAGAAGCGCUCAGCUCUAAGUGCCGUUUCCACGGCAGAGCAGAAAACCACGUGCGGGAACUGCGGUUACAGGAAAUGGAGCUCUACGCCAGUGCUGACUUCUAAACUUUUCUGAGUGAUAAUGGAAAGCAGGCAAAUGGACUUGAAAUACAACAGCAGAAGCAAAAGUAGCAACAUAUGUCAAAGAAACUCACUUAAGUACAAAAACAGUCCCUGGAAUUUUGCACAGAGGCUAAUAAAUACAGACUCUUGGGUACAGCAGUGAGCGGGAGGGGGCCGGUUUUAGAUUUUCCUUCUAAGUUUUGGUUUUCGUUAGCCCAAGUACGUCUUGUCCCAAGGACAAAGGCUUGCUGCGUGAGUUUCACUGCCGAUAUUCAGGAUGCGUGGCCCUUUCUGAUGGAUGCCUCACCUAGUUACUUGUCAGGUCCUGGCAACACUAUAGCCCCAUUUUACAUGUGCAGGGGAAUCUGAUAUAUUAUUUUCUCUAUUUUCUUCUAUCAGAAAGUUCUUAGUGCAAACCACUGUGGGAGCCCAGCCAGGAAUGUCUCUCUGGCAGUGGAGUGGUAACUCCUAAUCCUGCCUCAGAGCAAUUGGUACUCACAGGUGCCUCUCUUAGGGACUCAGUGAUCAUUACAAUCUUAGGGGGGAAAAGUCUUCUAACUUUUGGCGACAAUGUCUACUUGACUUGCGUGUGAGUCAGAAAUGAAUGUGGUGACCAAGGGGUUUGCUUUGAAUUAAACGUCUGUUUUCAGA